AUGAGUAAGUGGAAUUGGCACAAAUGGUUGUAUCUGUCGCUGUUGGGAUUGGCUUUGUCCGUUCGCACAAUUGGAUGCGAUUACAGUUCCAUCACAGAGAAAUUUGGAGCGGAAGCCGUUGCUCGGUGCAAUGAAAAAUGUCCAUUCCAGAAUCGUACAGGCGAAGGACACUUCGACGUUAGUUGUGCUUCAGACUGCAGCGUUCAACAAUUUAAUAAAAAACUCGUAACCAGCUGUAUUGAGUUUACGAAACUCGUCAUAAGGGUACUAACUUCUAUUGGUGUAAAUAAAAUGAUUAAUACCUCAAUCAACAAAUUACUAGAUUAUUAUCUUGAUGUAAAUGUAAUUAUUUUUGUUUAUUCACAGUGCAGACUCGGAUGCAAUCUUUGGUUGGAAGGCUUGGAGAAUUCGUGUCAAAUUGUAUGCAAUGUGACGUCAGAAGCGGUGUUCUCGAGAGAAUUAUAUUGCGUUAUGGGCUGCAAUGAAGCACUUAAUACGUACGUGCAAAAAGUUAGAGAUCUAUUAGGAACUCCGCCGGCACCAGCCCUAGUAGCUGAUAGUCUAACUGCCACGUCAUUAUCUCUGGUAUGGGACGCUCCUAAUCUUGGAAACCUUAGUUAUCUGGUCCAGUGGCGGUAUGAAGAACUGCCUGGCAGCUGGCAAUACUAUUCUAACUCAAGUCGCACUGAUAAAUCAAUAAUACACGUUGAAAAUCUACGUCCCUAUACUAAAUACAGGUUCCGUGUAGCGAUUUUUCUAUCAAGUCACAGCGGUUCUGGAGAGCCGGUGUAUUCAACGCCUUCCGUGGUUAUAUCAACACUUGAAAGUGGAAAGCCAAGUUCAGCACCAUCAAGUUUAAGAGCCGCAGCGCCAGAUCCAAGUCGAGUGGCUAUUUCUUGGGAACCAGGACCAUUCCCCAACGGACCACUCAUAUCAUAUGUCCUAAGACUUGGUGACACGCAACCUAAUACGAACGAUGCAUUAGAAGACAUGCCCGCAUCAAACAACACGUUGUUCUAUAUGUUUCAAAACCUUGCACCGGCUAGAGAAUAUGAAGUGUCGGUAGCAAUGAGGAACUCUGUAGGGGAAGGACCAAGAGCUACCGUCAGGAUUAAAACACCUCCAUUACCAAUUUCUGUUCCAAGCCAACAACCAGUUCUUAUUCUAGGAGGAGAACAGAACAUUCUUGCAGCACCUGCUAAUGAUAUGUUAUCGGACCCAAUAGAACUAUAUAGCACAGAGCAUAAAAUAAAAGGUGUUGGAUUGGAUCUAUCGAGUGACUCGCUAUUCGUGUCAGUAUCAAAUGGUUUCGUCUACCGAAGCUCCUUAUUACGAAAGAGUCACUCAGAAGCUAUUUUGAGAUCUGAAAAUAUAUUAGACAAGCCUCUCGAUCUAUCUGUGGAUUGGCUCAAUAAACAUCUAUAUGUACUCGCUGAAGUAAAUUACAACAAAGAAGCCUCAAACUGGUCUAACGCAAGCCUAUAUGCUAGUUGGAAAAUAUUGAGGUGUGAUUUCGACGGGAGAAAUCAACUUGUUGCUUUAUCUGGGUUUAAUUCUCGUCCAAUACAUUUUGAAGUUGAUUCUUAUAAUGGAUAUCUCUUUUGGGCGCUACGCGGCGUGGAACGCGGUGGCUUGUAUCGAUUGGAUCUGGCAAAUAUUUCUAAUGGAGUAAGACAUAAUGCGAAACCAGAGCUUAUAGUACGAGAUGCUCAUCUUGGGGCAUUUACAGUAGACCACGCUGACUUUAGGCUACUCGUUGCUCAUCUUAGACGUAAUACAGUACUAGCUGUUUCUUUGGACGGACGAGAAGUGACAGAUUUUCGAAGUAACACGCAGACUCCAAUGUUUUCGUCUGCGCGAUCCAUAGCUUACGCUAACGGAUUAUUUUACUGGACAAAUGGCGAAGAAAUGGUAUCAGAAGAAUAUCACUCUCGAAGUGACAGUUAUUUUCACAACGAGUAUCCUUUGGCGUAUAACACAAAAACGAUUUCGGUGAGGCAAGUAUUGGUUGCUUUGAGGAGCUGUCAGCCGAUACCUGUUCCAGUGAACCCACCUUUAGGCGUUCAAAGUGUUAUGGGAAUAAAUCGCGCUAAAGUUUCAUGGUCGCCACCACAUCUUCUUGGUCAUCAAGGAAUUGGAGCUUGGCAGCAAUGGACGUUUCAUAUGCAACUCACAGACACCAAAACAGGAAAAAUAACAAGGAUAGAAAAUAUCAACGAAUCAAUGUUUAUUGUUGAAAAUUUGAAGCAAGAUACUGAAUAUAGUAUUCAAGUUGCGGCUGUGACAGAAUCAGGCUCGGGUCCUUGGUCUUCAGAGUUUGUUGGCAAAACUUUAACAUCGAGCCCCGCUACUUUACAAAGCACCUUGCUUUUAUCGGGCCCGGAUGGACUUCUGCAAACUGAUUUAACAGGAGAUAACCUACAGACACUCAUACACAGAGAUCAUUUAGAAAACCUCCAUAUAACUGACAUAUCAUGGUAUAGAGAUAAGCUUUAUUUGGUCACAAACGCUUCGACCGUGAUGUGGUACAAUACGACGACCAAUGAACAUGGAAUGAUGCCGAAUAUGGAUAACGUUGGAAGUCUAGCAGUCGAUUGGGUCGGCAAAAAGAUUUACUGGUCCAACCCGAAACAACAAUUGAUAACAAGAGGGAAUUUCGACGGAGGCAAUCGUGAGCCCGUCCCUAUCGUGACAGUAGCUAAAGAGCUUACAAUAGAUUCGCUGGGCGCUUACAUUUACUGGAAUACAGGACACGCUGUGGAGGCCGCGAGGCUUAACGGAGAAAAUAAAAUAAUAUAUUACCCAGCUCAACUGUUCAGUGGAAAACAAGUGAUGGGCCUCACAGCAGAUUUAAAAAAGAAGUGGUUGUAUUGGUUAGUCAGAAGUUAUGAUGGCUCUGAAUUACAUCGAGCGCCUACAGCUGAUCAGAUAUCACUAGGAAUUAGUGAGGUCUCAGGAUCGUUGGUCACUCGUCUCUCCGGAACAGCCACUCUUGGUCCUCUGUGUUAUUUUAGUGGACGUUUAGUUUGGGUUCAAGAUUCUUCCAAAGCAAUAGUUUCUGACCUAGCUGGAAAAUAUACCGCCGAGCUCAUUCCCAGGGUCCAUGUGAUAGCAGUUAGAGAUCCCAACCUACAUAAAAAUGCCGAAUCUAUAAUUGCGAUACCGGAUACGAUAAACUCUUCCACCAUCGAUGUUGACGGUGUGUGGGACAGGUUCAAUGUGACGUGGAGACCUGACGACCGAAUAAAUGUCAACAAUGGACGAGUCUACUACGAUGUCAGUCUGCAUUUUCACGGACACAACAAAAUUGAGAAAACUGUUGAAGUCCCCUGGUUGGAAGUACGGUCACGUUCCGUGUUACCGUAUACGGUAGCAGAGGUUACGGUUCGUGCUCACACUCAGUGGGGCGGAGGCGCGGCGGCGAGGAGCGUCAUCCGGUCACCGCAAGCCCCGCCCGCCGCGCCACUGAGACCUAGGCUAUAUGUACAACGAACUACUAGUGAUGGUCCAUUAACGGGCACGUUUCGAUGGGGUGCUCCCAAUCCCACUAAUGGAGUAUUACGUGGUUAUGAAGCCCAAUGUUGGACUCAGCGACCACUAGGGGGCGCCCGCUCAGCAUGUGCUGACGCCCGACUACCACCAGUUCACACACAACUUAUGUUACGAGAUUUAGAACCUGCUUCUAAAUACUUCUUUAGAGUUCGCGCGUUCACUGAUGCUGGUUUUGGCCCAUACACUGACACAGUCUACGCACCCUCUGAUGAAAUAAAUCCCAUUCCUCGAGUAAUGAUAUCGUCGCAAGAAUCUAUACAAAUUGUAGACUUAGAUUCAGGAGAGAGUGGUAGAGUACCAAAGAGUACAGGCAUCCCAAUAGAUUUUGCAAUUAUCAUCGAAGAAAAUGUUGCGUAUUGGGUGAACAACUUGGAAGAAAUCUUCUCAUCCAAAAUAAAUAGCAGUGGGAACUAUAAAUUGACAUCGAUUAACGGGAGUGCAAGUAGUAUCUGCGUAGAUUGGGUCAGUCGGUCAGUUUAUUGGACCCAACAGGAGAUAACGUCUACAGAUUCAUCUUACGUAAUGUAUAGAGCCGACUUGGGAAUGCCGAAUAAUCGACCACACAUCACACGAAUACUGAGUAGAAGACAGCCAAUGUAUAGUUUACAGAUAGCUCCGAUGUUGCGGUCAUUGUAUUGGUACGAAGACAGUAAUCACACUGGUUUAGGCAAUCUGUUUACCACAAAACUGGGUGGAUCUAACGUUACUCAUUUUUUCAACAAGCGUAAACAUUGCAGUUGUCCCGAUAGACCGCAAGUGGCGAGAAGCUUUGUCCUUGAUAUGACGAAUAAUAAAACUAGCUUACUUUGGGUAGAUCCUUGGAAAAAUAGAAUAUAUGAAUCAGAUAUCCUUGGCUGUAACUGCAGUUUAGUCGUUGAUGCUACUGAGAAAAAGAAGUAUGGCUUUUUACCCACAUCUAUAACAGUGGAUAGCAAAUAUGUGUAUUGGUAUAACUCAACGGAAAAAUUGAUAUUUUAUACGAACAAAUUUAAAAUUAGUAAAAUAGAACAGGCCAAGGUCUCUUUGGGAUACAAGAUCAUGGCUUUGGAUCCAGGAAACCAACCUUAUCCACCUACACAUUGCUUGUUUCCAAGCUCACAGAAACUCUUACCGAAAUUUAUAGGACAUUCAGCGAACAGCAUAACUUUACAAUUACCUCAUAUAAGGAAACCCCACCACGAAGAUUGUAAGAACUUACAAUAUGAGUUACCAGCUACAGAAUAUACAAUUUUUUAUCGAGCUCAAAUAAAAAACAUUAGUAUUAUCUGCGACAGAGAUUUAUGUCCUUAUUUGACAACUACCAGUACUGAAGUAAUACUCAACGAAUUGAAACCCUUCACUAAUUAUUCCGUUAUGAUCGAAGCGACCAACUAUUAUUCUAAACUUCACAAUAUACCGCCUGUUUACGGAAUGCCAUUAAUCCUACAAACUGCAGCAGAAGCUCCAACUGCUCCAAAGAAUGUAACGGGAAUAGUUUUAAGUCCUGUUCUGGCUCGAGUCGAAUGGACUCCGGACCCUGGCUUGUGGUACGAGCUGCACUGGAAAACGGAUGACUCCACGUCGUUACCGCGACGAUCUAAAGAGCAUAUAUUCGAAAUGUCCCGCGGUCGGAGUGCCAAUAUGACUGGUCUAUCUCCCUCCACGUCUUACACAGUGUGGGUUCGAGCCCACUCCCUUCAUAGCUCGGUCACAGCGGACUCAACACCGCUGCGCCUGCGCACACGACCUCAACCAGCCCCACUUGACCUCCGGUUAGCUGAAGCAUACCAGCUUGUAGUAACGUGGCCUGCACCUACAUCAUAUCCCUUGCAUUCGUACACUGUUGAAUAUACUGAGGUAACUUCAAGUCAGGAUGAAUGGAAGCCUUGUGAGAGGAUCAGUGACGUGGAGUGGUCUGCUACUGAUCUGAAGCCGGCUACGAAAUACCGCUUUCGAUUACACUUACAGUAUUUAAGUAACGCGCCUCCAUACUUCUGGCCGGAGGAUGAUAGAUUUACAUAUGAAACUAUUGGUGACGUACCAGGUGCUCCGGGCGCGGUUCAUGUAGAGGCGGUUGGAGAGCGGGUGCUUCGCCUCUGGUGGGCGGAGCCCGAGCCUCGAGGAGCCCCCAUCAUGGAGUACCGAGUGUGGGGACGACCACAGCUCAGAAUAAAUGAUAACGAUGAAAGUGACACGAGAAACAUUAGUGACAUGCUCAUGAAAAGUUUUCAUAAUAAUCUGGACAACGAAACUAGGUUGGCCAUCCUUAGAGAAGGGCUCGAACUACUUCACAACGGAUCACAGACGUACUGGUUGGUUGGUCCCGAGCGUGUGGCUGAAGGCGGGUGGUUGGCCCGCGUGCAGGCCCGCAACUCAUACGGCUGGGGAGGCCUGUCGACCGCCGCGAGGGUCUCCUGGGCCUCGCCGGCGCUUCGCCCCCCGCGUACUAUACUAGCGCUAGUACUGGGCGCGCUUGCCGCUAUUGUUAUAGUCGUCGCAGCUAUAGUAUUGUAUACAUAUAAUCAUCGCAGUAAGAAGAAAACGUCUCUCGGUAACCAACUGACAGCGAACAUCGUACGGAGAGGUCCGGACGUCGAACUGGCUACAUUACGACAACUACCAAUAAGACAUUCAAACAACAUAUUGUAUAACCAGGGUGUUCUAUGUCCAUCAGACGCUGAACUAGCCAGCCUCCCUCACAUUCGUCGUGAACAGAUCACUCUCUCUAAAUUCCUAGGAUCCGGAGCUUUUGGGGAAGUUUUUGAAGGAGUCGCACGAAAUAUUAAUAAUGGCAACACUGAUACGAAAGUCGCCGUUAAGACUUUACGCAAAGGAGCUACGGAACAAGAAAAGACUGAAUUCUUAAAAGAAGCGGCUUUAAUGUCGAAUUUCAAACACGAACACAUCUUGCGACUGUUGGGCGUGUGUUUAGACAACGACCCGCAUUACAUAGUGAUGGAGCUCAUGGAAGGAGGGGAUCUACUGAGUUACCUUCGGGCGAAACGAUCCUCGCUGUACACCCCCGAAUCCUUAACAUUACUGGAUCUUCUGAACAUGUGUGUGGAUGUAACCCGAGGGUGUCGCUACUUGGAAGAGAUGCACUUCGUACACAGAGACCUCGCGUGUAGAAACUGUUUGGUGGCCAUGAGAGGGAACACACGCAUCGUGAAGAUAGGGGACUUCGGACUAGCGAGGGAUAUAUACAAGAAUGAUUAUUACAGGAAGGAGGGAGAAGGUCUUCUCCCAGUUCGUUGGAUGGCAGUAGAAUGUCUAGUAGACGGUGUGUUCUCGUGUCAGUCAGACGUGUGGGCUUGGGGCGUGCUGUGUUGGGAGGUGCUGUCUCUGGGCCGACAGCCGUACCCAGCACGGACCAACAGACAGGUGCUGGCUCUGGUGCGAGCUGGAGGUACACCUGACCGACCGCCUAACUGUCCCACGGUGUUCUACGAGCUCCUACAGAAGUGCUGGAGUUAUUCUCCAGAGUCCAGGCCUUCGUUCCGCGAGUGUCUCCAGGUUGUGGUUGCCCUCAGAGACCGUACACCACCGAGAGAACCUCUCGCCGCAACCCCACACCCACCCCCGCAACCACACUACCUCACGUUAUUAGCUGAUGAUGCCGUCGACAACCGUACGUACCUGUUGGACGAGAAUGACAACGCGUUAGACGAAGAAUCUCCGGAACAAGAAAUGGAGCCUUCAAAUCUAUUGCCGCGAACUAAAUAUUUAGAACUCAUGUACGACACGGAGUCUCCUUCAAAUACAUUAUGCGAUGGAUAUGAAAUACCGCGGACGCCGUUUACGUACGCGCCAUUUUCUCGUCACAGUAUAGUGGGAGUGGCGCCAAACAGAUUAAUAAAACCGCCAUUAUACCGAACGCAUUCGCUUCGCACAAACAGCCGACCUCCGAACGCCACAAUAAUACCUCUUCGGAACGGAAUAAUGAAGCGGGCUUCUAUAUGCGAUGGAAAUUUCAACGAGCCUUACCCAGGCCCGUCAAGACCGCCGAUAGAUUUCGACAAACACGUCUUCAAGACUCCAUUUUAA